AUGCAAAGGCACUGGUUGGCAGUCGAGUACAUCUGGGUCCUGGUUCCCUACAUGACCUACGACAUCUAUGUCAUGUACCUCUGCCACUGGCACAAGAGCUGGGACAAGGGGAUCAUGGAGAAGAAGCACUCGCUGGCCAGCGUGCGGAGCUUCCUCCUGCAGGAGCGGCUGAUGGUGACCCACCACCUCUUCAUCCUCAUCGUGCUCACCCCCAUCACCCAGCACUUCAGGGGAGAGCUGGGGGACUUCUUCGUGGGCUGCAUCUUCAUAGCGGAGCUGAGCACACCUUUUGUGUCACUGGGCAAGAUACUCAUGCAGCUCAAAAUGCAGGACACGCUCCUACACAAGGUGAACGGGAUCGUCAUCCUAGUGACCUUCUUCCUCUGCCGCAUCCUCCUCUUCCCCUACAUGUACGUGGCCUAUGCCAGGCACGUGGGCAUCCCUGCCUACCUGGUGCCCUUCCGCAUCCCCCUGCACUGCAACAUCGCCAACGCCUCCCUCAUCGCCCCCCAGCUCUACUGGUUCAGGCUCAUCUGCCGCAAGGCUGCCCGGCUCUACGGCAGCUCCCCGGCCGACAAGAGCAGAUAACAGCCCAGAGUGGGGCUGGAGAAGGCUCAGCCCCACCCCUGGCUCUUCCACCUUCACCGCCAGCACUGAGGGGACCGUGGUGGGAGC